AUGAAGCUGUCCAUAAUAUUGUCUUUCAUCGGACUCGGGGCCGCUUUAGAUCUGGCCCAACCCUACCCAACGAAAAAGUUCGAGCUCAAUUUGAGAUGGAGCUCGAGCGCGCCUGACGGAGUUGAGCGCGAACAUGCUCUGAUCAAUGGGCAAUUUCCUGGACCUCCUCUCAUCUUUGAUCAAGGCGACAAUAUCGAGGUGACAGUGAACAAUUACCUGCCAUUCAACACAACGAUGCAUUGGCAUGGCAUUGAACAGCUAGGAACGUCGUGGUCAGAUGGUGUGCCUGGAGUCUCCCAAAGGCUGAUCCGCCCUGGUGGAAGAUUUGUCGCGAAAUUUACGGCGACACAAUACGGGACAUACUGGUAUCAUUCGCACGUCGCAGGACAGAUAAUGGAUGGCCUGUUUGGACCUAUCUAUAUCAGACCGCGAGAGGUUCCUGCCAAUCUGGCUAGUGUGAUAUCGGAUGACACACAAGCACAAUCUCAAAUCAAUCAUGCCAUUCAAAACCCCAAAUUGCUCACGGUGUCCGACUGGUUUCACAACACCGCAGACGAGCUACGGGAAAUCUCACACGCAGCAAAUAUUGAUACACUAUGUGCAGACUCCGUCCUCCUCAAUGGCAAAGGAAGAGUGCGCUGCGUCGACUCUGCCUAUCUGACCAGCCAAGUUCCUCCUUCCUUGGCUUACCUCCUCCAGGGAAUGAACUACACAGCAAAAGGAUGUCUUCCACUUGAGAAUACCUAUGCUCAAACGACAUUUGCUCAUCACGAUUACACCGCAGUUCCACCAACCUUGUUUGAUCAAUGCAAAGCCACCGAGUCAUCAGAGGAAGUGAUCAAGGUCAACCCUUCGAAAGGCUGGACAAGCCUCAAUUUUAUCAGCUCCUCAUCCAUUUCCACGCCAACGGUUUCUAUCAACAGUCAUUCUCUUUGGAUAUAUGAAGUUGACGGUCAAUAUAUCGUACCACAAAAAGUCGAUGCGCUGACAUUGAGCAACGGUGCCCGCUACUCCGCUCUAGUCCAAUUGAACAACAAGCCAGGUAAAUACCAGAUAACAGCAGCCAAUGCAGGACUCAAUCAAAAGAUUGCCGGGUACGGCGUCUUCUCUUAUGUGAAUGGUGAUCCUUCCGUCACGGGCGAGCCCUCAAUCGACUACAGUGGCCAAAACACGAGUACUAAUGUCAUUGUGUUCGACGAAAAUAAAAUCAAGCCACUCAUCCCGGAUCAACCUAGUGAGGAGGUAGACAGAACCUACCUGCUCAGUAUCGGCCGCAUUCAUAAAGCGUGGAAAUGGUCUCUCAAUGGAGAUAACGCAUACUCCCUGUCUCUAGAGUCGGAGAGACCUAUACUGUGGGACCCUCAGGGACAGAAGAGUAGUGAUUUAGUAAUCGCCACAAAGAACAACACUUGGGUGGACCUCAUCUUUGCGGUGUCUGGCGGCCCGGCUAUCCUUCAACCUGGUCAUCCGAUUCACAAGCAUUCAAAUCUGGUCUAUGUCAUCGGCGCCGGGACCGGGCUGUUCAAUUGGACUUCUGUUGCGGAUGCCCAGAAAGAGAUCCCAGAGAUGUUCAACCUGGUCGAUCCUCCAAUGAGAGAUACGUUUACAUCACCCGCUGCUCUCGAUAAUCCGAGCUGGAUGGCAGUUCGCUAUCAUGUGCAAAAUCCCGGAGCAUUCUUCCUCCACUGCCAUAUCGAUCCGCACCUCACUGGUGGAAUGGCUCUUGCGAUUCUAGACGGGGUCGAUGCAUGGCCUGAAAUCCCUCCGCAGUAUGGCCCGGGGGGUGAUUGGGGAAGAGCCAAGCAGUAA